CCGGGCGCCGGUUAAGAUCCCGCUCCCCCAUGGAGCCCCGGGUGGACGCGGAGCCCGAGGACGGCGACAGCAGCUGCGGCGACCUGAGCUGCAUGGGCAAAGGCUUGACGAGCAUAUCAGAGUUAUCUUUGAAUUCAACCCUUAGUGCCAUCAAUCUUCAUUGCAAUAACAUCGCAAAAAUUGAAGCCAUUGACCAUGUUUGGAAUUUACAACAUUUAGAUCUGUCAUCUAAUCAAAUUACUCGAAUCGAAGGGUUAAACACAUUAACGAAACUAUGUACUUUAAAUUUGUCCUGCAAUUUAAUCACAAGAGUAGAAGGACUUGAAGCACUGGUUAAUCUGACCAGACUAAAUUUAUCUUAUAACCAAAUAAGUGAUCUUAGUGGCUUGAUUUUCCUCCAUGGAAUUAAACAUAAACUUAGAUACAUUGACCUACACAGUAAUUUUAUAAAUAGUGUCCAUCACUUACUUCAGUGUACUGUGGGAUUACACUUCUUGACUAAUCUUAUUUUGGAGAAAGAUGGAGAGGAUAAUCCUGUUUGCCGUGUACCAGGGUACCGAGAAAUUAUUCUCCAGGCUUUACCACAGCUUAGAAUUCUAGACUGCAAGAACAUAUUUGGGGAACUGGUAAAUAUGUCCGAAAUAAAUUCAUCACAUCUGCAGUCCUUAGAAGGUCUUUUGGAUAAUUUAGUUCCUUCAGAGUCGCCUCCAAAUAUAAGUGAAGACGAGAACAUUGAUUGUGUGCCUGAGGUACCACCAUCCAUUGGUGAGGUCGCUCCCACGGACCAGUGUACAAGUACAGAAGUGGAUGGUGGUUUGACAUCGCUUAUGUCUGAAUGUGCAUCUUCUGACCCAGAAAAAGUUUCUAACUCAUUAGCAAAUAAUGUUCCUGAGAAGGAACCUGUUAGACCCAAAAGACAUAUGGAUUUGACAUCUGAAAGUGACUCUGCAAACAGAAAAGAAUGCAGCAGAAGGAUUCCUCGGAGAUCAAAAAUUCCAUAUUAUGCCAGAAGUAUUCAGUCUUUGAAGCAUCUUACUAAAAACAGCACUACAUUCGUAAGUUGUCGUAGAAUCAAGCAACCUAUCUUAAAAGAUUUAUAUGUAAGAUCAUCUUUAACAAGCACAAAUUUAUUACAAGAAUCAGAAGACGAGCCAAAUAAGGAGAUAACUAAAGUAGAAAGAAAUGAAUCUGAAGGCAACACCUACCGGUCUUUGGUUGAACAACUAGAUCAAGAGAGAGAAAAGAGAUGGAAAGCUGAACAAACUGAAAAGAAACUUAGGGAUUAUAUUGUUGAACUCCAUAAGCAUGUAAAUGAAAAAAAAGGGAUUCAUAACCUGGCCCUACUUACCACCGACAGGCUCAAGGAAAUUAUUUUUAAAGAGAGAAAUUCUAAAGUACAGCUCGAAAUUAUGGUUCACAAACUUCAAAGUGAAAUUAAAAAGCUAACUAUCGAGUUACUUAAAGCAAGAAAUCAACAAGAUGAUCAUCUUGAACACUUAAGAACACUGGAAAAAGCUUUAGAGAAGAUGGAAAGGCAAAGAGGCCAGCAGCAAGCUGCACAGAUGAGACUUAUUCAGGAGGUGGAGCUCAAGGCUGCAGCUGCUGAUAGAGAAAUAAAUUUACUUAGAUCUUCGCUUCACCAAGAAAAAGACCAAGUGCAACAGCUUCAUGAUCUUAUUGCCUUGAAGGAACAAGAACACAGGAAAGAGCUUGAAACAAGACAGCUUUACAGUGAUGUUGAAUUUCAGGAAGCUGUCGCUAAAGAAGUAGCCAAAGAAGAGAGAAAGCACGAGCAAGAUAUAAAAAACUAUGAAGAAAAAAUUGAAACAUUAAAUCAACAGUAUUUGGAUUUAGAAAAUGAAUUCCGUAUUGCUUUAACUGUGGAGGCCAAAAGAUUUAAAGAUGUUAAAGAUGGCUUUGAAAACAUUGCAACAGAAUUAGCAAAGAGCAAGAAUGCUCUUAUUUGGGCCCAGCAAAAAGAAAAUGAGUCUUCCUCUUUAAUUAAAGAUCUGACUUGUAUGGUGAAAGAACAAAAAAUAAAACUAGGAGAAGUUUCCAAAUUGAAACAGGAAACAACCACAAAUUUGCAGAAUCAAAUCAACACCCUUGAAAUUUUGAUUGAAGAUGACAAGCAGAAGAGUAUUCAAAUAGAAGUUCUCAAACAAGAAAAAGCCCAGCUUAUUUCAGAACUGGCAGCGAAGGAGUCACUAAUUUAUGGUUUAAGGACAGAAAGAAAAGUAUGGGGACACGAGCUGGCACUUCAGGGAUCUUCUCUAGCCCAAAACCGUGGGAAGUUAGAAGCUCAGAUUGAAAAUUUAUGUAGAGAGAAUGAUGCUCUGAGGAAGGCAAGUGAACGUGAUAAUGAUACAUUAAAAAUCAAAUGCAAAAUCAUAGAAGAUCAAACGGAAACCAUCCGGAAAUUAAAAGAGAAUUUACAGGAAAGAGAGCAACAAAUCAAAGUGCUACAAGAAAAGAUAAGUGACAUAGAAAAAUAUACUCAGGAACAGCUUGAUGAAAAGUCUUCACAACUGGAUGUGAUAUUUGAGAAACUACAAAGACAUGAUGAAAGAAAAGAAAAACUAAAGCAGCAGUUGAAAGUCAAGGAAGUAGAGCUUGAAGAAAUUAGAGAAGCUUACAGCACACUUAAUCAGAAGUGGCUUGAUAAAGGAAAACUUCUGUGUCAUCUUGAAAUGCAAGUAAAGGAAGUAAAGGAAAAUUUUGAAAAUAAGGAAAGGAAACUUAAAGCAGAAAGAGACAAAAGUAUUGAACUGCAAAAGAAUACAUUAGAGAAACUUCAUAAUAUGGAUGAUGCCUUUAAAAAACAAGUCGAUGCAAUUGUGGAAGCUCAUCAUGCCGAAAUAACACAGAUAGCAAAUGAAAAGCAGAAAUGUAUUGAAACUGCAAAUUUAAAGGUUUAUCAAGUUGAAGAAGAAAUGCGUGGACUUCUGGAAGAAACGUGCAAGAACAAAAGAGCAAUGGAAAUGAAAAUUAAACAACUUGCGAGUGCUUUAAGUGAAAUUCAGCAAGAAAUGUAACGGAGAACGAACUUAACUUGAAAGGGACC